AGCAUCAAAAAGAUAGACACACUCAAACACCGCAAGCUAAGAAGAUCCCUUGCUGAAUUCAGAGAGCACAAACACAAAAGCGAGUGCAAAACCAAAUGGCAGCCUUGACCUACUUCCUUCUUGUUGCCUUUCUAGCGUUGGUCACAUCUCAGGCCAUUGCCUCUGACCCUAGCCCGCUUCAAGACUUCUGUGUUGCCGACAAAUACUCUCCGGUGAAGGUAAAUGGAUUUGUUUGCAAGGACCCCAUGGCUGUGAACGCAGAUGACUUCUUCAAGGCAGCAAAACUUGACCAACCAAGGGACACCAAGAACAAGGUGGGAUCCAACGUUACUUUGAUCAAUGCCAUGCAGUUACCAGGACUCAACACAUUGGGCAUCUCGUUGGCUCGCAUUGACUACGCACCCUUAGGUCAAAAUCCUCCACACACCCACCCACGUGCCACAGAGAUCCUCACCGUGCUUGAGGGGAAACUCUAUGUUGGAUUUGUCACCUCCAACCAAGCUAACAACAACAACAAGCUAUUUACCAAGGUCCUCAACAAGGGCGAUGUGUUUGUAUUCCCCCAAGGACUUAUCCACUUCCAGUUCAACCCGGUCCAUGACAAGCCAGCAGUCGCGAUCGCUGCACUAAGCAGCCAGAACCCUGGAGUUAUUACUAUUGCGAAUGCAGUCUUUGGAUCAAAGCCACCUAUCUCAGAUGAUGUCUUGGCCAAGGCCUUCCAGGUGCAAAAGGGGACAAUCGAUUGGCUUCAAGCUCAGUUUUGGGAGAACAACCACUACUAAAACAAUGAAGUCUGGGUUCAUCAUUUGAUAUUAUAGAAAUUUAUUUGCAUUUUACAUACUACUCCAUGUAUUUACUUUUUCCUAGGCUACGACCCAUAAUAAAAUAAAUGUUCUAUGUUUCUGAACUAUAAUUGUAAUUGUGUUCCUAGUGUGGCUCUACCACCAUGUCCUUAAUCGAAAGUGAAUGUAAUGUAUAUGACACUCUAUCGUUUCCCAUUUUAUUGGGACGAAUCACAUAGUAAGUCAUCUAUAAAAUUGACUACAGGUCAUAUAACAAGCCA